GUGUGUGGGCGGGGACUCGAGCCUCCGGGUACGCAUGCGUGCCGUGCCCUCUUUCGUGUCCCCGGCCCUCCCCGGGGAUGGGGGGGCUGGCCGGCCUCGCGCGUGCGCACGCGCACCGUCCCCCGGAGGCGUCUGGGUGUGCGGAGCGCGCGCGCGCGCGGCUCGGAGGCGCACCUGUGAGGUGUCUCCCUAAGGAGAGAGGGCUGGUGGGCGCGCGGAGUCCGCGGCCUAGACGCGCUCCUCAGCCACACUUGGGAGUGAGUUGUCCGGGCCGACCGUAGUAGCACUGCACAGUCCCGGCCGAGGCUGUCCAGCAUCCCGCCCAGGUGAUGAGGACCUCCCCGCGUCCCCAGCGCGCCAGGCUGCCGCUGCCGCCGCCGGACGCCUCCAUUGUCUGACCACCGCCAGGCCUCGGCUCUCGGCAGACUAAGGCCUCUGAAGUGCAGCACCCCCAGGACAGAGUGAAGGCAUCUCUUCCCUAUACCUCUGAAAACUCAUGACCCAGACCUGCAAAUGCAAGCUACUUCCUCUGAAAGAUAAGAGAGCUACCUCCUCAGGACCAAGAAAAGAAAACCAGUGUGCUACUGUAUAGAGUCCCCAGGAGCAAGACUGACUGUCUCUGAAGCCAAGGAGCCCUCAUGCUGGCAAAGCAGCGUUCUGACACUCCUGAGGGUGCUCUGGCGGCUCAUCACCAACUGGCACCUUGUGCCCUGGGCAGACAGAUCAUACUGCACAGGCUUUUAUGAGUGAGAAGUAGAAGAGUGCUGUACAUCGUACAUCAGAGAAAGACUCCAGGGGCUCAGAACAAAGGCUCACUCUUUCCUGCCCUGGAAUGUUGACCACUCAGGAUCUAAAGGAACGAAAGCUCUAUGCUGAAGAGCUAUGGGGUUCAUAUGAGAGUCGGUGUGACUUGGUAAUCAGUACGAGCUCUGAGUGAGGAGCACUAUGCAGGAAGAAGCCUUCCACAGAAAGACAGGCAGGGAGAAGCUGAGGCUGACAGUUAGCUUGCCCAAUAGAGCAAGCCUGAGAUAGACUGCCAAGAUGGCAAAAUAAGAGGCUUUAUGAAGUAGCAGUCCUGGAACUCAUAGUUGUAAGGACACUUUCUUCUUUAAGUCACGAUACCAAAUAGGAAAAAUGAUCUACAAGUGCCCCAUGUGCAGGGAAUUUUUCUCUGAGAGAGCAGAUCUUUUUAUGCAUCAGAAAAUCCAUACAGCAGAGAAACCCCAUAAAUGUGACAAAUGUGAUAAGGGUUUCUUUCACAUAUCAGAGCUUCAUAUUCAUUGGCGAGACCACACAGGAGAGAAGGUGUAUAAAUGUGAUGAUUGCGGUAAGGAUUUUAGCACAACAACAAAACUUAAUAGACAUAAGAAAAUCCACACUGUGGAAAAGCCCUAUAAGUGUUAUGAGUGUGGCAAAGCCUUCAACUGGAGCUCCCAUCUUCAAAUCCACAUGAGAGUCCACACUGGGGAGAAGCCGUACGUCUGCAGUGAGUGUGGGAGGGGCUUCAGUAAUAGUUCUAACCUUUGUAUGCACCAGAGAGUCCACACUGGGGAGAAGCCCUUCAAAUGUGAAGAGUGUGGGAAAGCCUUCAGGCAUACCUCCAGCCUCUGCAUGCAUCAAAGAGUCCACACUGGAGAGAAGCCCUAUAAAUGUUAUGAGUGUGGGAAGGCCUUCAGUCAGAGCUCCAGCCUCUGCAUCCACCAGAGAGUACACACAGGGGAGAAGCCCUAUAGGUGUUGUGGGUGUGGGAAGGCCUUCAGUCAGAGUUCCAGCCUCUGCAUCCACCAGAGAGUGCACACAGGGGAGAAACCUUUUAAGUGUGAUGAGUGUGGCAAGGCCUUCAGCCAGAGUACAAGCCUUUGCAUCCACCAGAGAGUACACACCAAGGAAAGAAACCAUCUCAAAAUAUCAGUUAUAUAAAAAUGUUUUCCUAAGAAUUAAAAAUCUUAAACCCGUAAGUGCCACUAGGAAGGAAACCUCGAAUCCACCUACAUUGAACCCAGGAACAUCUACAGCAGUCCUCAGAAAAUCAUUCUUUCUGAGGAGGUUUAGAUGAAGUUGUGUUUCUGAACUCGGAAUUCUUCUCUGUGUGUGCCCAAGAUGGAGCAUUGUGUCCCUGUCACAGGUAUGGUUUUUCCUGAGACUCUGGCAACAUGCAACAGAAUUGAAAUAAUACUCAAAACUCAGGAGCCUUGCUCAGCUGCUCAGUUGGCUGUCUGUGCUGUGCUUCCGGGCAGUGCCAGACACUCCCUUUUUGAGCUCAUGCUCCUUCCUCUGUUCAAGCCUACCUACCGGUCAGUGCAUUUAAAGAUGGACAGCUCCCAUCCCAUGGCAAGGCCAAGUCCUGGUAUUUCUGAGGUUGCCAUUUGACUCAACCCUGACAUAGCUUUCCAUAAAUCCAGUUAUUUCUGAAUCCACCUUACCUCAUGUCCUCAGAGUACCUAUAAACACUUACCCCUUCCUAGAUGGCAUUAACUUCAUUUUAGAUGUUAGGAACGUCGUAAUAUGCACUCACUCAGCCGAUCAGGAAUCACCAAUGCAGGUGUACAUGCCCUGGAACUUUUCUUCAGUUUUGUGAACUCUGCUAAUCACUGUGUCUCUAGAUUAGACUUAUUUUCUAGUGGCUUCGUCACAUGCUCCAACUUGAAUUUUUUUUUCCUUCUAAGUAGCUGAAUGUAUAUAUCAGGGAGGAAGGAGCAAGCAAACUGAGCUUGUCUACUUCAAGAGUGACCCUCUCAGGCUUCUUUUUUAAGUGGUGGGAUUCCCUACUAGCUAGGAAGACCUUGAGAGGGCUGAUGCGGGGGUCACUGAGGAUGAGUCUUCAUCUCAGGCAAUAAUGUGGAGGUGUCAUCAUGAAUCGCAUACAGUUCUUUUUUGGCAUGAGUGCGUAUUACUGAUCCAACAUCCUCACUCACUCACUGAGUAUUUAUUGAAUGCCUCCUGGGUGUUGGACAUGUACUGGGUGCUGGGAAUGCCACUGGAUCAUGAAAUUCACCUCUGGAGGAGACAGGAUAAGCAAGUUAACACAUAAAUAACGUAGUUUGCGGUAGUGAUUAAGUGCUAUGAGAAACUAGGGUGGUAUGUAGAGGGGGGUGGGGGGCCAGGUAGCAAGGGUCAGGAACUCUGCGCUGAAGGUGCUGGGGUCAGGUGAAGGGAGCCAUGACAGUACACAGCACAGGUGCCGCUGGCCCUGGGGACAAGAUGCAGGUGCUGGAGGUAGUGUGCGGGGAGGGGAGGUGCUGAGCCAUGAGCUUAGUGGCUAGCAUUUAUAGGCCUGUUGUGUUUGUUUUGUUUCUACUGACUGAUAGCAAAAAUCAUGGAAGAACUCAAGGGAUGUUGAAAAGACCAAAAGUCCCCGGUGACACCAACACAAAGCUCCCAAUUCCCUUUCCUUCUCAUUUCCGUUCUCCGUCUCCCACAUGCAGUCCUUUGCUCAGGAAGUCUUUGGGGAAAAUAAUGACCUGUUAAUUUGAAGUGGGUGACUGGCUUGGUGGCUUCUGCCAGCCAUUCUAAGGCUGGAUAAAGAACUUCCCAGAUGAUUAGAAAUACAAGACUUGCUUAGUUUGGUUUUUGUUUUUUAAUUUUUGUUUUGGGGUUUUUGUUUUGUUUUGGUGUUUGGCUGGAAGGCGUUUUCUGUAAAACAGAAGCCUGAGUGCAUAGAGAGGAUUUUGUAGGAGCACAUAGUCAGUGGGUGGGGUUUAAGAAUGAAUCUGUCACCAUGUGUUAUAAUGUAGACACCUUCAGGCAAGCCUUUGGCCCACUGAUCACUGCCUUCCCCUCUCCACAGAGGGCUACUGGCUAACAAAGCCCCUUCCAGGCCUCACAGCCACCACAGCAAUUUCCUGUAGUGUCUUACACUUCCAUGUCACCACAGCGUGGAGCAUUAGAGAAAAGCCUGGUUAGACUUUUAGUUGCUAGAGAGCCAGUUGAAAUAUCAUCAAUAGAAUUUUAGUUUAGGGAAAAUUGGUUUGAUUUCUAGCUUUAUUACUAUUAGGUAUGUAAGCUUGGGCAAAUUGCUUAAUCUUCAGGUCUAGUUUUCUCACAGAAUGAGGACACUGGACUAAAUGAUUUCCCAAUUUCCAGCUAGUCCUAGAGUUCUAUAUUUCUACAUAGUUGAAUUAUUUUAUCAUGCUGUUGCUGGGGAAUACAACUAACACUUUUGAAGCUACUAAUUUUAUGUCAAGCUUUAAAGUCCAUAAUUGUUAUCUUCAGAAAUAUUAUUUGACCUACAGUAUGUUUAAAUCAAUUUAAUAAAAUCACUUUAUAACAGG